CUGGUCUCGUUCUGAAAGAGAGGGAAAACGUUGUCGCUAUGCCCGAGCCGGCCAAGUCCGCCCCCGCGCCCAAGAAGGGCUCCAAGAAAGCCGUCACCAAGACGCAGAAGAAGGGCGACAAGAAGCGCAAGAAGAGCCGCAAGGAGAGCUACUCGAUCUACGUGUACAAGGUGCUGAAGCAGGUGCACCCCGACACGGGCAUCUCGUCCAAGGCCAUGGGCAUCAUGAACUCCUUCGUCAACGACAUCUUCGAGCGCAUCGCCGGCGAGGCCUCGCGCCUGGCGCACUACAACAAGCGCUCCACCAUCACCUCGCGGGAGAUCCAGACGGCCGUGCGGCUCCUGCUGCCCGGCGAGCUGGCCAAGCACGCCGUCUCGGAGGGCACCAAGGCCGUCACCAAGUACACCAGCUCCAAGUAGAGCGUCUCCCGGAUCCUCAGUUCUAACCCAAAGGCUCUUUUAAGAGCCACCCACGUAUUCCUUGAAAGAGCUUUAACACAGUAACGUCUUGGGUCUUAUGUGUGAAAUCGUACUUAAGAAACGCUAAAUAGAAUUUGAAGUCUGUUAAAUCACAUUUAUCACAGCUUGCAAGCAUUAACUAUCUGUUUCUGAAAUCCUUCAUGAAUAUUGUACAGCUUCAAGUAAAUUCAAAUGUGUUAACUAUUACUUCAUGGCUUAACAUUCAAAUACUCUUCCAAUAAAUGUAAGCAGUAUUGUUCAGCUUUUUUCAGCCGAGAUGUGAGACAGUGCAUUAUACUACAUGUUCCAUCAC